UUGGGUGGUGACUGCUAAGUCACUCUGUUUCCACCAUGCAAAACUCUGUUUCAUCUCUCUCACUGGGUUUCCCUCCAAACUCCACACCCAACAUCUUCAAAGUCUUCAACUUUAAACUUUCCUCACAAUCCCCAUCACCCCAAUCCACCCAAUCACCCCCCAAAAUCCAUCACAGAAAUCUUCCCAGAAUCACCACCACCAGCGGGAAACAGAGGAACAAGAACAAAGUGAAACCUUUCGCUGAAAAAGACGCUUUUCCUUGCUCCUUACCCCUUCACACCAAAAACCCAAUUUUCAUUUACAAAGACAUUAAGAGAUUCGCUCGCCAGAACAAGCUCAAAGAGGCUCUCACCAUUUUGGACUACGUGGAUCAACAGGGUAUUCCUGUUAAUGUCACUACCUUCUCUUCCCUCAUUGCUGCUUGCAUCCGCACCAAGUCAUUGCGAAAAGGAAGGGAAAUUCACACCCAUAUUCGAAUCAAUGGGCUUGAAGAUAACACUUUUUUGCGCACAAAACUGGUUCACAUGUACACUUCUUGUGGGUCAUUCGAAGAUGCUAAGAAACUGUUUGAUGAAUUGCCCUGUGAGAGUGUGUAUCCUUGGAAUGCUUUGCUCAGAGGGACUGUGGUUUCGGGUAAGAGAAAGUACAUUGAUGUGCUCAAAACUUUUUCUGAGAUGAGGGCAUUGGGAGUUGAGUUGAAUGUGUAUAGUUUCUCCAGUGUCAUCAAGAGCUUUGCCGGCGCACCGGCGCUUUUCCAAGGAUUGAAGACUCAUGCCCUUUUGAUCAAGAAUGGUUUGCUUGAUAACUACAUUAUCCGGACUAGUUUGAUUGAUAUGUAUUCCAAGUGUGGGAAGAUUAAGCUUGCACGUCGCAUGUUUGAGGAAAUUCCUGAGCGAGAUGUUGUUGUGUGGGGGGCGAUGCUUGCUGGUUUUGCGCACAACAGGUUGCAGGGAAAAGUGUUGGAGUAUGUAAGGUGGAUGGUGGAGGAAGGAGUGGAGCUGAAUUCGGUUAUAGUGACGAUUGUUAUUCCUGUAAUUGGCGAAGUUUGUGCGCGGAGGUUGGGUCAGGAGGUUCAUGCUUAUGUAUUGAAGACAAAAUCAUACUCUAAGCAAGUGCCAAUUCAGUCUGCUUUGAUUGAUAUGUAUUGCAAAUGUGGGGAUAUGAGUUCAGCAAGACGAGUUUUCUAUAGCUCAAGGGAGAGAAAUGUGGUUUGUUGGACAGCUUUGAUGUCGGGUUAUGCUACAAAUGGCAAACUAGAGCAGGCACUAAGGUCCACAAUUUGGAUGCAGCAAGAAGGGUUCAGGCCUGAUGUGGUGACAGUUGCCACUGUUCUUCCAAUUUGUGCUCAGUUGAGGGCUUUGGAUCAAGGGAAGCAGAUUCAUGCUUAUGCUUUGAAACAUUGGUUUCUGCCUAACGUGUCUGUAACUUCGUUGAUGGUAAUGUAUUCUAAGUGCGGUGUGGUUGAGUAUUCUAGAAGAUUAUUUGAUGCUAUGGAGAAAAGGAAUCUGAUUACAUGGACAGCCAUGAUUCAUUCAUAUAUAGAAAAUGGGUAUUUGUAUGAAGCACUUGAUGUGAUAAGGUCAAUGCAAUUGUCAAAGCAUAGGCUAGACUCUGUUGCCAUGGUAAGGAUGUUGAGUGUUUGUGGUCAACUAAAACUCGUAAAGCUUGGGAAGGAGAUUCAUGGGCAGUUCUUGAAAAGGUACUUUGCAUCUGUCCAUUUCGUUUCCGCAGAACUUAUCAAUAUGUAUGGUUCUUUUGGAGACAUUGAUAAGGCAAAGUUGGUUUUUAAUGCCGUUCCAGUUAAAGGUUCUAUGACAUGGACUGCUCUUAUAAGGGCCUACGGAUAUAAUGAAUUGUAUCAAGAUGCAAUUGACCUUUUUAAUCAGAUGAUAUCUUCUCCAAAUCACUUAACUUUUGAAGCUGUUCUAUCUAUAUGUGACAGAGCUGGAUUUGUUGAUGAUGCUUGUAGAAUCUUCAAUUUGAUGCCUAAAUAUAAAGUUGAAGCAUCUAAGAGACACUUUGCCAUUAUGGUCCAACUACUUACACACUCUGGUCAACUGGAGAAAGCUCAGAGAUUUGAACAAAUGAGUUCUUUCUUAUAGAAGAGACAAUGCCAGUUUUCCCUUCAGAAAGAUUUAAAGAUUGUUAAACAUUCCAAAAUACAGACAUGUAACUUUUGGCUCAGAAUCUGUAAGUUGUAAUUUAUUUGUAACUUUACUCCAUACUAAAUAGAAAAACUGUAUUAAAAUUGCAAAAUUGCAUGAAUUCAACAUAAUUGGUUUGAUGGUUUAAUUU